UGGCACGUUGGCAGCGACACCGGACUGAAUAUCGCCGAAAGCUCCGCCGGCCGCGGGGAGCGAGUGCGCGCGCGCCAGUACCCCUCCGACCAGCGAUGCUGUGCUGUCUCCGGAAAUAGAUGUAGAUGUAGGAAUAUUCUCGUCCGUAGAUCGGUGGUUCGGGUGCGCGUGUGUGAGUGCAAAUGACUGAUAGCCCGACUUAGCCGGGCUGGAACUGUACAAAAUGUGGACCAAAAGGCAGUUAUGGAGGUUUAUGUUGUGCAUACUGUUCGCCGUGUCGGCGCUGGCCGCGGCAGCGAGAGCUGAUGACGUGCCGUCAGAGUCACAGUGCCGACCUUACAUCGAGAAAGCUCUUAAAGAGCUCGAAAGCGACACAGAUACAGAUUCCUCAGAAAAACACGACAGUAGUGAAGUAAGUAUAGACAUCGAAACGAAAGAAGCAGAUUCAGCAGAAGAUAGUGGGGACGCAGCAGAUGCGGACAGCAAGGAAGACGGACCAUCGGUUGAAGUAGCUGACGAGCCAUACGUUGCUCAUGCUUCGAUAGAAGUGGAAGGUAGAGCCAACGACAACGAAUCGAAAGAAGAGGAAGCGACGGUAGAGGAAGUGGAUUCUGAGAGUGCGGAAGGUGAUGCGCAGGACAGCAAAGAAGGAGACAGCAAAGAAGCUGGAGUAGCAUCAGCUGAAGAAGAAGCAGCCGAAUCAGGCGAUGACGCUGACAGCAAAGAAACUCAAGAAUCAGAAAAGGACUCUGAAGGCGCUUCCGAAGAAAAAACAUCAGAUGAUGAUGAUAAUGAAGACAACAAAUCUGAUGAACCUGCAGACGCAUCUGAAGAACAGGUAGAAGAAAGUGACGACUCUAAAUCUUCAGACGAUGGGGAUGGAUCUCAAGAAAAGGAUGAAUCUGAAGAAGAUACGGCUGAAGACAAGGAUGCAUCUAAGGAAGAUACUGCAACCGAGGACAAAGAUGAAUCCGCUGAACAAGGCGAUACGAAAGAAGAAGAUGCUUCCCAAGAAGAUGAUGAACCAUCAAAAGACGAUGACGAUGGUAAGUCCGGAGAAGAAACAGCUGAAGUUGAUGAUAAGUCUGGCGAAGAGGGAGAAGAAGGUACCACGGAGGAUGAGAAGGCGUCAAAGGAAGGUGCAAAAUCAGUAGAAGGAGAAGAAUCGGAAGAAGGAGACAAAGCAUCGGAAGAGACUGAACAAGCAGAUGACGAUGGAAAGGAUUCGGCAGAAGAAGAAUCAUCCGAAGAAGAAGCAGCUGAGGAAGAGUUGCUAAAUGUUCCUGAAAUCCCCGAGAAUUUAAGGUCUCGCGAUCACAUUACCCAAAUACUCAGAUUAGACGAAGAAGCAAGUGAAGCUGAGUUGACCAUAGAUAGAUCUGCUGAAAUUGUGCUCAGAGAUAUUAAAAGAUUGUACGAAAAUUCCAUUAAACCAUUAGAAACUCUUUACAAGUACAGAGAUUUGAGCAACAGGCAUUUCGGUGACCCAGAAAUCUUUUCAAAGCCACUCGUUCUAUUUAUGGGACCAUGGAGUGGUGGAAAAUCUAGCAUUUUGAACUACUUGACGGGGCUCGAAUUUACCGAGUGGUCUCUGAGAACAGGUGCUGAGCCAUCUCCUGCAUACUUUAAUAUUCUGAUGCACGGAAAGGAUCCAGAAGUACUCGAUGGCACUCAGCUUGCCGCUGACUGGACUUUCUCCGGGCUUCAAAAGUUCGGUCAGGGUCUAGAAGAGCGUCUAAGAGGGCUUAGGCAUCCCAGCAAAAUAUUGGAGAAGGUGAACAUCGUAGAGAUCCCCGGUAUCCUAGAAGUCAGGAAACAAGUUUCUCGCGUAUUCCCCUUCAACGACGCUUGUCAGUGGUUCAUUGAUCGGGCCGACAUUAUCUUCCUCGUGUAUGAUCCUUCCAAGCUUGACGUUGGUCCAGAAACAGAAGCCAUCCUUGACCAGUUGAAGGGCAGGGAAUCCCAGACUCGCAUCGUGCUGAACAAGGCGGAUACCGUGAAGCCUGAAGAAUUAAUGCGUGUCCAGAGCGCAUUAAUUUGGAACAUCUCUCCUCUUAUGAGCUCCGCUCAACCUCCAGUGAUGUACACGGUAUCUCUGUGGUCGAUGCCUUUCGAGGCGGGGGCACCCGUCAGGCUGCUGCAGGCACAGGAACGCGAGCUCCUGCGAGACCUGCGACAAGCCAUCGACAAACGCGUCGAAAACAAGAUCUCCAGCGCGAGGAGAUUUGCCGUUCGGGUGCGAAAUCACGCUAAGAUGGUCGACUGCUACUUAACAACAUAUUACAACCACAAGACGAUAUUCGGAAACAAGAAGCUUAUUGCCGACGCUAUCAUUGAAAAUCCACAGAACUACCACAUCUACGAGGGACUCAGCACACUCACUAACAUUUCCAGAUACGACUUGCCGGAUCCUGAGACAUACCGAGACUUCUUCCGUCUGAACCCGCUGUACGAGUUCCAGCAGCUGUCUGCGACGUGCACAUACUUCCGCGGCUGUCCCAUCAACAAGCUCGACGUGGCCAUCGCGUACGACCUCCCAGAGAUCGUCGGCAAAUACAAGAAGAUGGUGGAGACCUCCACGCCCCAGGGCAUGCCCAAGAGUUGAUACCGUCCCGAACGAACGAAAUCCGCGCACCGCGCCGUCCUAACCUGCUUUUUAUUUUAGAUAUUUAAAUUGGACAUUUAUUUUGGGCACAUUUUGCAUUUCUUUUUUAAUCGGGCAUCAGGAUAAUUCGUUUUCUUAAAAUGGCAUUUCUGUUUCUUAACUUGUUUAUAUUUUGCUUAUUCUGAUCUUGAACAAUAGCUUCUUCCUUUUUAUCAAAUGGAUGAGGUAUUGUGUUGUGUAACUUUUCUAUUGUGAGUUUCUUCGUGCGUUUAGCUAUUCAGCUUGAAAAUUCCCAGUUGGUACCGAUAUCUUGUGAACGGGCCCAAUUUACCUACCUACCUACGCGAAAAGGCUAAAAUAUCUGAACACUUCUCUUGCCGCAACAUAUGAUGUAGGUGAUCAAAACUCGAAAGGUCGAUUAAGCAACGUGUCUCAGUGGUCAGAUGUUUUUCUUAGACUCGCGUAUCCCCCUACUGAUUCUGUCUAGUAUCGGGGGUUUAUUUUAUAGCUGAUAACACUUUACAAAACAAUUUCCAAAGUCCUAAUUAACACUUAUUAGGAAUGAGUCGCAGAACUAUUAAAUUAAUCUAGUCAUUAUAUUAAAGUUUGUUAGAGAGAUAGGUAUUGUUAUUUAUUAUUUGAAGUGAAUUCCUACAAUCCUUAGAGGACUAAUCGCGUAUCAUUUUUGUUAUCGCCUGAUUAUUUCUUUGAUAGUUAUUUAAUGAAACACAAUGUGACUAUAUAAGGAAAAACUUAAUAAAAAUGUCAUAAAAACCGU